CAGCCAAACAGAGAGAGGGUGUCUCGAUGCUGCAAGGAGCACACGAGGAGAGCUGUUGAUAAUAUAAAGUUUGUAGUCUGUCUGGAGAGUUAACUGUCUGUGGGUUUCUUCUCUGCUCCACCAAUCAAUCCACUACGCUUACAUUCUUCUUCCUGGUUUAGGUUCUCGAGAUAUCAGACUGACCGAAUGAAGUGCUCACAACUCAACUAAACUUUGGGAUAGUUUUAAAGAAGGAUAUCAGACCUGCAAGGGAAUUGAACCGUCGACAGGCCGACCAGAAGCACCAUGACCAGUGUUAACUCCCCCGCCUGCCUCCUGGCUCGUAACCAGUUCUAUAGAAACACAACAAGCCCUACAGAGAGUAUAAAGUCUACUGCAGUCUACAGCCUCUCUGAUUGGUCGAUGCUACAAGUACUGGUCUGGGUGACCAUGUCAACACAACCAGGGUUCCCAGGAGCAGGGGGGAUAUCUAAAGGAUGGUGGGUCAGUGUGGUUCUGGGGAGCCCCAAACCACGCACCGUCCCGUCCAGCGCCCCCCCCCCCAGCCCACCGCCCUGCGCACUCCAGCCCACCACCCCUCCAGCCCACCCCAGCCCAGCACCCUCACCCGGCGCCCCCUGUCCAGCGCGCCGGUCCAGCGCCCCCAGCCAACAGAGCGGUCCAGCGCCCCUAGCCAACAGAGCGGUCCAGCGCCCCCAGCCAACAGAGCGGUCCAGCGCCCCUAGCCAACAGAGCGGUCCAGCGCCCCCAGCCAACAGAGCGGUCCAGCGCCCCUAGCCAACAGAGCGGUCCAGUGCCCCUAGCCAACAGAGCGGUCCAGCGCCCCCAGCCAACAGAGUGGUCCAGCGCCCCUAGCCAACAGAGCGAUCCAGCGCCCCUAGCCAACAGAGCGGUCCAGUAGAGACACACCACCACCAAUCAACAGGUUGAAACACACAAAGAGAAAAGACUCCAAAAGGAAGACACCUUCCACUCUGUCUGUCCUCUCAGCACAGAAAUAUGGACUUGAUCAAGCCAGUCGGUGUUGGACCUGUUUUACAUUUUGCGUAUUCACAUAUUCAACCUCUAUUCGCUGAAGCGUUACAGAUCGCACGCUAUCUAAACUUAAAGGUCAUUUCUGAUCGAGCCGACAUAUUUCAGCGUUUUACCGUGAAUGCAGUCUCCACUAACAUCGCCUUUUAAAAUACCAAUCACGCCGUAACGCUGAACUUCCGCGAUAUGGAUUGAAAAGACCCCCCUUUGUAUAUUAUUCCAUACAUUGGUAUAAGAUGUGAAUUCAAUCAAACACACAGUCCAGUUAUACCCCCCCCCCCCCCACCCCCCACCCACACUUC